AGAAGAAGAAGGACAUUUUGACAUUUGAUCAGGUUAAGUUUAGCUUAAGUUGUCUCGGUGCUUGCUGGUCAGAAAGGGGAUUAUUCCUUACAUUUAAAAUGCGGAGCGUCAGGUCGCUACAUACAAUCAUCAAUAAAGAUGGUCAACUACUCAGAAAACAGCCGUCGGGCCGAAUCAUCGCAGCCUUUGCUCACACAGAGCCUGCAGAAACAACGGAGCCUCCCGCAUCCUUUGCAGAAGUCGAGGAAGAAAAGCCUCCCCAGAAGCUCAACACUUCCCGAUUACUUCCGCAACAUCGUAAAAUGCUCCGUGAAGAGCGACCAUAUUCAGAGCCACACUCCUGGAUUCAUACAACGGAGAAAUACAACCGCAUGAUGUUCGGGCGCUACGGCUUAUCCAGCGGAGUCGACCCUCGAAUUUGCUUCCCCACCAAGUCCGACCUAGAAGAACAAGCGGAAUACGAACGAGUUGCUUUCCCGCACACCAUCCCUGAAAUGAUUGAAAUCAACAAAAAGGCGAAGGAAGAGAAACGUGCACAAAUCCGCAAGCGGGAAGAGGAACUUGAGAAGAAACUAGAGAAAUUGGAUCAGUGGAAGCGGGAACUGAAUGCUAAAAUUGCCAAGAAGGAAGCGGAAGCUCAGGCGGCGAAAGAAAGGAAGGAGCGACUUAUUGAGGAAGUGAGGAGGCACUUCGGGUUCAAGGUGGAUCCCCGCGACGACCGCUUCAAGGAGAUGCUAGAGCAGAAGGAGCGUGAAGACAGGAAGAAGACUAAGGAGGCGAAGCGGAAGGCCAAGGAGGAUAAGAUGCUUGCAAAGCUGCAAGAAACUGCGAAAGGAAUGAAUGAAAAGGAUACCAAAGGUGCAGCGAGUAAAGGACAAAUAGAGGAUAAGGAUUAGAAAAUGGGAUUGCGAUAGUUAUUGUUGGAGAAAGAAAAGUUGCAAAUAAAUUUAGAUAGAAUGAG